AUGUCGAUGGUUGCUGGAUUGCCGAAAUUCGUGGUACUGAAAUCCAAGUCUGACGGGAAAUACCUGUGCACUACCAACUGGAACGACGACUCCUUCGGGCCGUAUGUUAACGGCCUGGGCUCCAAACGACACCUGGACCCCGCUCAGCCUGUUCGUGAAGCUGGAGGCCGUCCCGUCCGGAUCCGGCCCGGCACAGGUGAUCUACCUCCGCUGCUGCCUGCCACAACAACAAUUUCGUGCAGCUUGGAGAACAAGUACGGCGUAUCCUGGAUGUCCGCCACAACCAACGGGCCGGGACGAGAACACGGGCCCGGUCCACCUCCACCCUCUUCCGGCCCAUCUUCCCGCAGGGCGAGCCCAACACGGUCGGACUCCUGCACGCUAGACCAAGUGCCACGUGUGGACAUUCUUCAACCAGGGCUACAACGACGACAUCAAUGGGGUCGCUAG